UGAACGGAGAAGAAGAAAUGUAAGUUUUGAUAGUCGAUGGGAAUGCUCGAUUAAUAGGAGUGGAGUGAAUAUUAUCAGUAAAAUAAGGCUGAGCGGUGUGAAGCCGCAACAUGUCGGUACAUUUUGAGGAGAGGAGCGGCGUGGUCCCGUGUAAGACCCCCUGGGGCUCCUGGUACCAGACCAUGGAGGAGGUCUUCAUCGAAGUCGACGUGCCCCAAGGAACGUCUGCUAAAGAGGUCAAAUGUCAUUUAGGACCAAGAGACAUCGACCUGCGUGUCAAAGGAAAGGAGAUAUUUAAGGGAAAGUUGUUUGACACAAGCGUGUCCGACGAGGCUACGUGGACGCUUGAGGAUAAAUGUCUCAUUCGUAUUGUUCUAAUGAAGACCAACAGAGAAGCAGGGAACUGCUGGUCCUCCCUGCUGGAGGGGGAGUACUGCGCCAACGCAUGGGUCCAGGACCAGAUGCAAAGAAAACUCACUCUGGAGAGAUUUCAACGAGAGAACCCUGGAUUUGACUUCAGUGGUGCAGAAAUUUCUGGGAAUUUUGCUGGCGGAGGUCCAGAUUUUUCCAACUUAAUGAAGUGACUUUUGCACUCAUCUGGAAACUCAGUCCAAUGAUGUCAUGACCCUCUACCAACAGAGCU